AAACAACUUAAGUAACAACCUUAAGUUGUUCUUUGUGUUUUAAGUAAGAGUUUAAGUGAACCCUCAAAAAUAUCGAAAAUGUGUGACGAAGAAGUUGCCGCAUUAGUUGUAGACAAUGGAUCCGGUAUGUGUAAAGCCGGUUUUGCAGGAGAUGAUGCUCCACGUGCUGUGUUCCCAAGUAUUGUGGGUCGGCCACGUCACCAAGGUGUCAUGGUUGGUAUGGGUCAAAAAGACUCAUAUGUAGGAGACGAAGCCCAAAGCAAAAGAGGUAUCUUAACACUUAAAUACCCAAUUGAACAUGGUAUCGUUACAAACUGGGAUGAUAUGGAAAAAAUCUGGCAUCAUACUUUCUACAAUGAACUUCGAGUAGCACCAGAAGAACAUCCAGUACUCUUAACCGAAGCACCAAUGAAUCCAAAAGCAAAUCGUGAAAAAAUGACACAAAUUAUGUUCGAAACUUUCAACGCCCCAGCUAUGUAUGUUGCAAUUCAAGCUGUUCUAUCACUUUACGCAUCUGGACGUACUACUGGUAUUGUUUUGGAUACAGGAGAUGGUGUUUCACAUACAGUACCAAUUUACGAAGGAUAUGCAUUACCACAUGCAAUUUUACGUUUGGACUUAGCCGGUCGAGAUUUAACAGACUACCUUAUGAAAAUCCUUACUGAACGUGGAUACUCUUUCACAACCACUGCCGAACGGGAAAUUGUACGUGAUAUCAAAGAAAAACUUUGUUAUGUAGCAUUAGACUUCGAAAAUGAAAUGGCAACUGCGGAAAGUUCAACAUCCUUAGAAAAAACUUACGAAUUACCUGACGGUCAAGUGAUCAAAAUUGGUAAUGAACGUUUCCGUUGUCCAGAAGCACUAUUCCACCCUUCAACUAUUGGUAUGGAAUCGAAUGGUAUCCAUGAAACAACAUUCUUAUCAAUCAUGAAAUGUGACGUGGAUAUUCGUAAAGAUUUAUACGCAAAUAUUGUACUAUCCGGAGGUACCACUAUGUAUCCAGGUAUUGCUGACCGUAUGCAAAAAGAAAUUACCGCAUUAGCUCCACCAACAAUGAAAAUUAAGAUAAUUGCACCACCCGAACGUAAAUACUCCGUAUGGAUUGGAGGUUCAAUUUUAGCAUCGUUAACAACCUUCCAACAAAUGUGGAUAUCAAAAUUGGAAUAUGAUGAAUGUGGUCCAUCCAUUGUUCAUAGAAAAUGUUUCUAAAUUUAUUACAUAUGAUUAAUUUAUUUAAAUAAG